AUGGCGAAAAAGCUGAAGGACUUAGUACGCAACAGCCCUCUCAACAGGCGCCGCGGAGGCGGUUACGCGGUACUAGAGUCGGAGCAAAAGGAUCCCUUUCAACAGGGCAUCAAUUUUCACGCCCACUAUUUCGGCUCCACCGAAACCACCUCCAAACACGACAGCCCCGAGGUGCAGGAGAUGGUGUCGAACGCGUGGAAGAAGUCGGAAAAGUCUCGUUUCAGGAAGGUGGUCAUCACAAUCAAGUCUUCGGGGCUGAGCGUGAAGGACAGCCGCACGGGGAUGAAAGACGACUACCCCAUAUACUUGGUGUCCUACUGCGGUUCCUCUCACACCGUGGACGAGCUGUUCUUCUUCAUCCACAAGACCAAACUGGAAAAGAAGCUCAUGAUCGAAUUCUUCAAGCUCUCCCACUCCAACAAAGUCACUGCGCUCACUCUCACUCUGGCGAAGGCCUUCAACAUUGCCUACAAAGCAUGGAUGGCUGAGAAGCGACAACGAGACAAGGAGUCAAGCAGAGGAUCAGAAUCUCCUCUCUCUGUUUGCCGGCAGAUCCCAGCAGCAGCAGUGGAAGAUUAUGAUGGCGGUGAAAAAGGAUCCUUCCUCAAAAAGAUGGCGCCUGGGAUUGCUGGGUGCGACGGAGGUCCCUACACCCCACCUGCCAGUCGCAAGGUUCCCCUGGAAGAAACCCACAUGGCCAAGAGGAGUGGGUCGUUUGGUGAUAUCCCUGGUGAAUCUGCCAUCAAGAAUCCAGCAGUGACGAGGGCACAAGCCCACAAUACCGUCACCGGCAGCACCCACACUCUGAUGUUGACUGACGACUUCGACCGGGAGUUUGAACAGAUGAUGCAGUUGAUAGAGCAGCCCGAUCUCCUGACCACUAACCUCGGAGACCAGUUCAACUGGCAGGAGGUGGUGAAGUUCACUGACCCCAGCACAGACGAUGACCUCUGA